AUGAAGAGGCGCACGCAGGGACUGCUCCUGGUUUGCUUGCUCAUCUUUUUGGAGGCGUCCUUUUGCCUGUCCCUGUUCAGCAAGAGCGCAUUUCCGCGAGAGUACAGGGAUGUCCAAGUGUUCAGGGACACCUACUUGACCCCAGUGGAGGAAGAAGAUUUAAAGGUGGCAAUGAAGAAGUACGCAGGGAAUAGGUUCAUUCAGGAAUAUGAAAGUUUGAUGAACGAUAACUCGAAGGACUCCAAAAAGGUUUUGGCCAAGUCGAUGGUCAAUUUGAUCAAGCAGCAAUUCGUUAAGCUAAAAGAGAUUGAAGCCACGUAUGUUACGCCAAACUUUGAUCAGUACAAACAGGUCAUGGAGUUGAAGCCCCAGGUGCUGGUAACUGAGACGUGUUUACACGCCAUGCAACACCGAAGCGGAGUGCAAAAAAUUGGAGGUGAUGAAUAAAUGAUGAACAUCUGCACGUACGUUCGGGGAGGAGCAGACUUUGCCUACGACAUUUUUUUGGUGACAACACACGUCGUAACUAGCAUGAUGGCCAUCCUGUGUGCCUGCAUUUUUAUUGGGCCCGUGCAUGUAUGCGCUUUGAAGAAUUUCCCGUACACGUGCAAACUGCCGUACCCCGUCUUUUCAACCCUCUUUAUGGCCACUUCAGCCGUGUGGGAAGUGGUAAAAGCUGCAACGGCGUUGUGCAGGGUAUCUGUCAGUGAUGUCCAAAAUGGGCUGAAGGAGCCAGAUGCUACUUUGUCCCCGCUACUCCCCUUCCCAUGGUCUAGAUUCUUAAACGAAUUCGAUUAA